AUGAGUCUGCCUGGGCCUUCCAUCCAGACCAGACAGCCCCGAUCCGACCCGCCCCAGCUCCCCACAGCCUCCCAAGGGAUAGCCUGCUGUCUGUCUGCUGCCAGCGAAAGAAAAACACCCCUCCUCCCCUGAACAGGGGGCCCCAGGGGGGCAGAGGGCUGGGAAGGGAAAGGGAGACGCGGGGGGGUGUGGCUAGGGGGAGACGCGCAGGGCUGUGUUUACUCUCCUCUGUGGCCCUGGGAAGCCAUGUGAGGAGGAAGGCCUGUCUCGACGGCGACAGACUGCGUAGUCUGUGGGAGAGAAAGAAAGGGAGAGCGAGAAAGAGAGCAAGGGAGAGGGAGAGAGAUGGAGAGAGAGAGAGAGAAAGAGAGAGAGAGAAAGAGAGAGAGAGUUUGGCAGCUGGACACGCUCCAGCUGUGUCUGGGAGGAUAAUGAACUCCAGGUGUUCCAGCGGGUAGUUUAAGACACCUGUCACCAAUAUUUAGUGCCAGAAAAAGCCAGACUGCAAACAGGGCUAGACGAUCUGUUUGCUUAUUUUAAGAAGCCUACCUAACUGGAGUUGUGGGCCUGAUGAGGAGGAGAGGCGGAACAGGGGGAUGUGCAAGGGGGCCUUUCCUAGAGUCGGAGCGUGUGUGUCACUGACUGGAUGUGUGUGUCAUGUGUGUGUGUGUUUGCAUGAACGUGUGUGUAUUACCUUACAGUAAGCGUCUGGGGCAGCCGGUGCAUUCACACUAAGGUGGAGGAAACAAAGGCUACCUGUGUGGAAGCCUAGGCCUUGAGUUAGGAAACUUACCUUAGUCACUCCAGCACUGAGACUUGUUUUACAUGCUGCUUCCAUGUUCCAAAUCCUGUCUCCAACACCUGUGCUCACUCAACAGCCUGUCUUUGUCACCACCUGACUGCAUCAAGGUUUUAUCCAAGUAUACAGUGAUUGCCAGUGCACUAAAAUGUCUGAAGACAUUUACGUUGAAGCCCACACAGAUCUGGCAUGAAUAUGUUUCCUCCGAAACACCUUUAAGUGCUCUAACUGCAAGGACAGUAGAUCCCUGAUAUAUGCAAAAGCUAAGGACUGUUAUAAAAGCCUGUUUUUAUAUCACAGCAUACAGAUAUAAAAAUUGUGUAUGUGAAUUGGGACUGGUGAACUGUGAACUGAGUUUACUUCGCACUAAUCGUAUAGUGCAUUAUGCCCUUGUUAGGAGUCGACUGUAUCAGAUAUACCAAUAUAAGUUCAUUAAAGACGUCUUUCAUUUUCACAGUGUUCUUCCCAUCCUGUUUGUCUGUACCUAGUUAAAGUUUAUCGGUGUGAGUCUUCAGCUCCUACUUUUCUGUCCCAUUGAGGUCUUUCUGUAUAUUUUAUCUUGUCAGGAUGAGGAUCUGGUCGUGGGAACAAUGUGGGGAGACCAGCCUGGUGUUACUGGGGUUCCUCACCCUGGCUCUGUCUGUAGGGAACCUCUCAACCAGGGGACAGGUACACUGUCCCACACUCUCUCUCUUUCUCUACAUACAUACAUGCUUGCCCAACUCCAGCCUCUCUCUUACACACACUCUCUCUCUAUCACUGACAUAAUUUCAGUCAGUCAGUUAGUCAGUCAGUUUGUCUGUCUGUCUGUCUUUCUUUCUCUUUUUCUCUAUUUGCCAGUUGUUCACUCACUCUUGCUCCCUCUUUCUGGCCCUCUCAUCUCCGGACUAUUCUUUCUUACAUGAGUUGUCUUAUAAAAACCCACAGCUGUUUUCUCUCACACCUUUUACAAGGAGAGCACAGUACAUAUCACUUGUCUCCACUUAACCCGGAUUGUCAGAGCGGCUAGACAUGCUUAUAAUUAGUCACAGUGUGUACAGGGCUCUGUUCUACUGCUGCUGCUCUCUAAGGGUGCUGUGUUGUGUUUAGGAGGAAGGGGCAGCCUCCAACAGUCUGGAGGAUGAGCUGGAGUCCACCACGUACUGGUGGGGGGAGUGGGCCAAGUGGACUGCCUGCACACGCACCUGCGGAGGGGGGGUCAUGUCCCAGGAGAGGCACUGUCUCAAACAGAGGUCAGUCCGCUGACAGAAAGUUUACAUUCUAUACUGUUCUGUUCUAUUGUUAUUCUGUUCUAUUCGAUUCUAUUCUAACCUGUUCUAUUCUAUUGUAUUCUAUUCUACUCCAUAAAUGUGUAAUUUGUCUUCAAAUCUCAACAAGCAGAUUUACUAAAUUAAUUAAUUUUCUAUCCAAAGAAAGAAAGCAGCCGCUGCUAGAGACAACAUGACCUGCACUGGCACUUCGAAAAAAUACCUCCUCUGUAACACCAAGGUUAGCAUGCAUCUAUUACUGCCACCACUUUUCCUGCCGUUACAUGUUGACACAACACCCCACAACCCGAAGCCUAUGAUGCAGAAAUCAAUGUAGACCACACAGCUCUUUUUGUAAUCAAUUGAGAUACAAAUUGCUUAAGGUUUAGUACAGCGACCACAAACCAUGGUCCUGGAGAGCUACAGGGUGAACAGCCUUUUGUUCCAGAGUUGUCACACCCUGUCACACCCUUUCAUAACAUAUUGUAAAACUAUUCUAAAAUUAAAAAUACAUGGAACAGACAGAAAUGUGUGUGUAUAUUUUCUGUAUUGUGCAGGACUGCCCUUCCUCUGGGAGAAGCUUCAGGGAAGAGCAGUGCUGGUCGUUCAACUCACAGGUCUACAAUGGCAGGAACUACCACUGGAAACCCCUGUAUCCGGGUAAGACACCCAUAAUAAACCCACUCAGCUCUGUGUCAUUCCCUCCUGUGUGGCCUGUCCUCGAGGCUCGUUAUUACACUGUGACCUCUGACCUUUAUAUCCAUCCAUCUAUCUACAGAUGACUAUGUCCAUAUCUCCAGUAACCCAUGUGACCUGCACUGCACCACAGCCGACGGCCAGAGACAACUGAUGGUUCCUGCUCGGGACGGAACGUCCUGCAAGUACAGCAACUACAGAGGGGUCUGUGUGGACGGCAGAUGUGAGGUCAGGGAACGCUUGUUUCUUCAUCUGCUGAGGAGAUAGCUUUGCAUAUUCUGUGAGAAUGGCCGAAAUGCUUAUUUUCCUGGUCACAUGAUAGUGUCAAUAAAGUAAUUCAGUUGACUUGCUAUAUUCUGUGUGUCAUACUUUCAACUUGCUUUGCAUGUGCUGAAAUGAUUCAAAAUGAUAAUCAUCCUGUUUGUCUUAACAUCAUUUCUGCAGCCAAUUGGGUGUGAUGGAGUGCUUUUCUCGCCCAACACGCUGGAUAAGUGUGGAGUGUGUCAGGGGGAUGGCAGCAGCUGCAGCAGGGUCAAUGGAAAUUUCCGCCGCGGGGCCACCACUUUGGGUAGGAGUGUGUUCAACCUCAACUACAAACUGGGAUAGUUUGGAUGGAUGGAUGGAUGGAUGGAUGGAUGGAUGGAUGGAUGGAUGGAUGGAUGGAUGGGUGGGUGGAUGGGUGGGUGGAUGGAUGGGCAUGGAUAGAGGGUGCUGAUGGAGGAGUUAUGGCUCUCCAUCUUUUCCAAACCUUGAACACACCUAUUUGGGACGAGCCCCACAAAUGUCUCUGAAAGAGAACUAUAGCCAGUUAGAGUCUGACAACAAGCUCAACAUGUGCUUCUUUAGCCAACUCUUCUGAUGUUCAGGCUAUUUAGUUGCAGGUAAAAUGGAGUCAUCAUAAUGUUUCCUGUCUCCAAGGUUACUCCUUCAUCACAUCAAUCCCUGAGGGCUCCUGGGACAUCCAGAUCAUUGAGAGGAAGAAGUCAGCUGAUGUUUUGGGUGGGUACUUCCUUCUUAUCCUGCUCACCAUGCCAUGUAUACACACAUCUCUAAUGUUCCCUGUUGGUACGGUGGGAUGUUAUUAUGUUCCAUAUAUUGUUAUGACACGAUGAAGGCGCAAAACAUUUUAUUCAAGAUUUUCUCAAAAUACAAAGGAUAUUUUCUCCCCAGCAAUGGGAUGCCUAUUAAUCUUGACAGUGGGAAGUUAGUAAAGGAAGUAUAUUAAUCAACUGAAAUUAAUCUCUGAUGAUCUAUAUACUUUCAUUUCCUUUGUGAUCUCUUGAAUUGACUGUAUUGUAUCCAUAUAUGGUCAUGUAUGGGGAGGAGAAAUUCCAGUGUACAGUGAACAUCAGAGACAUGACCUUUCCGUAGAGUCAACCAACCGGUCCUCCUCCAAUGGUCCUCCAUCCCCUCCAUGAGACUAUGUUCUAUCCUAUCCCCCCCCCCCCCCACAGCUGUGACCGAUCAGGCAGGGAACUUCUUCUUCAAUGGGAACUACAAGGUGGACAGCCCCCAGAACUUCCACGCGGCGGGGACCGUCUUCAAGUACCGGCGGCCCAUGGAUGUGUAUGAGACGGGGAUCGAGUACAUCGUAGCCAAAGGGCCCAUCGACCAGGCCAUCAAUGUUCUGGUACUGUAGCCUGCUGAGGUCUGCUCUGCUCUACUCCCUCCCCUCGUCUGGCUGCCAGGGCCUCUGGGUAAUCUCUAGUUUAGAAGUAGUGUACACGUAUCCAGUAACUUGCAGGUGCAGGGUACAAAAAUAAAAGUUAUGAAAGAUAGAUACCUGCAAACUGUUAAUGCUCCUUCAGUUUCACUGCGCAACUUUAUGGGUUAAUGCAUUACACAAUAAAACUUCAAUAGUGUACAGGUAUCUUAUCUUUCUUUCAUGGCCUCACUCACUGGCAACUAAGCCCCACGUCUGAAUGAGUGCAGGCAGGCUAGACGGCUGACUCUAACAGCAGUCGUGUACUUUACAGUAUUUACUGUAAAUGUGCAAUUGACUGAGUUUGAUAGGAGGGAGGAGGGAAUGGGUGAGCUCUCGGUCUCUGGUGCUAUGCUGGUCUGUCUGUGCUGCUUGCAUGUUCUCUCUUAAGUUAUCCAAAAAAAGACCUUGGCACAUUCCUGGUCAGUAAUAAUUCUGUUUGACUCUGCUGUAUUUGUGCACAAUGUAGAUUAUUACUUAGAGCAUUACCUCUGGUGUAAGGCACAGUAAAAGAGAAGUAUAACCAACAUAAUUUAAUCCAAAGAAUCCAUCUCACCCCCCCUCACCCACUAUUUUGUCUCCUCAUAGGUGUGGAACCAGAACGGUCGUAUCCCUUACAUCACGUACGAGUACACCGUCCUGCGAGAGUCCCUGUCCCCCGUCCCUCAACCUCCCGUCUACACUGGCCGCGACAGCACCGCCCCUGGGGUUUCCGUGGAGAUGGGCAGUAUGGUGGCCCCCAACGGGAGCACGUAUGACAAGGUAGCCCCUGAGACCCGGCAGAACCAGGUGCUGAAACAGGGGCCCAAGGCGGCAGGGGCAGAGGGCCAGAAAGGCCAGGAGACCAAUGAGGUGUAUGAGGAGACAGCAGCAAUCGACUGUCACCAAGACAGCCCAACCCCAACACAAUACACAGGUAACACCAGUAUACUAGAAACCAAUAAAUCAAUACAAUAACCCUAACACAAAUAACCCUAAUUAUACAUAACCCCAAUACACAAGUGAUUAACACAGGAAACCGGGAGGGGGAGGGAGGGAGGGAGGGAGGGAGGGAGGGAGGGGAGGGAGGGAGGGAGGGGAGCGAGAGAGAGAGAGAGAGAUGAGACUGAGAGAGAAAAGCUAGAAGAGCGAGAUGAGGAGAGAUAGAUGCGCAUGCCUGAGGCGCGUCUGCAUCAUCUAGAUAUCGAGUCGAGAGCGAAGCUGUGUUUCGCUAGAAGCUGAGCGUCGAUAGAUCUAGCUCUUCUCUCCUCUCUCUCUCUCUCUCUCUCUCUCUCUCGCUCUCUCUAGAGAGGUUCUCGACUUGCAGACUGUGCAGUUAUCCCCCUGAACUACUGUAUGUCUAUCGCCAUAUAAAUCAGUUCACCGCUCAGAUAUCAGAUGAGAUAAAAUGUUUUUUUUUUUUUAAAGAGAGUCCUCUCUGCUUGCCCUUUGGAGUCCUGCAUUAUUCACAGGCACAUAUACAAAGAUUCAGUGAGCUCUGGCAUUUUCUCAUUUUUUUAAUUGGCUGCAUCACAAACAUGAGUGGUAAUGAGUGCAGGCAUACCUGCCUGUACCAAGCCCUCAGACAGCCCUUCUACUUAGACUGUGGGACAGUUAUGCAGGGAGUUUGGCCAUUGGGUGAGACCAAGGCCCUCUCUACUGCCUUAAGGAAUAUGUUGAAAGGCUUUGUGUGCUGUUUUGUUGUAGUGCACAAACUGCACAUAAAACUCCUAUUUUAAUUCAUUAAAGAACACCAGGAGUUUUUCCUGACCACCUGACCAGGAAACACCUCUGGUCUGACUUAUAAGGCUUUCUCCCACUUUAAUAAUUUCUCUAUCUUUCCAUGCCCUUCCUGUUAUCCCAACAGAUGGCAACAGCAGUCACACAGGCAGUGUAGAAGUCCCUGCCCCGGCAGCCAGCAGGCCUUUAGAGGACGUGCCAGACUCAGAGAACCUCAUCUGGAGAGUCUUGCUGGGCGAGCAGAUUGGUCCGGAUGAGCUGCUCACCAACAUCUCAACCAAUCAGCUCCUGACGGAGGGAGAGGGACUGUUCUCGUCGGAGGUGGCGCCGUUGGAGGUGGACUAUAGCAGUGUGGAGCAGGGAGGCCUGUUCCCCCUCAACAGCUCUCUGGGGGAGUUCAGUCUGGGCCCGUGGAGGAAUGAUACUGGAGACCUGCUGUUCCCCAACAGGACGCUGCUGACGGGAUUGAGGAGCAACAACCGCACCAACAGAACCAGGUACAGUAAGGAGGGAUCCACACAAUGUUGAGCAGAAAUAAAGAGGCAAUGUUGGCCCAACGUCAGCUUGCUAUCUGGUAUAGGAACCUUUCCAAAUAAUAUCACUUCAAAAUCCCAUCCACAACCCCUCUGAUCUUCUUCUUCCACCUCAAAGACACUAACUCUCUUCACUUAGUGAUGCUGCUGCUGAGGGUUUAGCGUGAACACUACAGACCCACUGGGCACACACUGGUUGAAUCAACGUUGUUUCCAUGUCAUUUCAAUGAGAUUACGCUGAACCAACGUGGAAUAGAUGUUGAAUUGACAUCUGUGCCCAGUGGGGAGUCCUUCUCUCUCUAAGUAAGGUCUAAAGUGCAGGGAUGUGACGAUACCAGUAUCAUUUUUCCAUGGAAAAAAUGAAAACACGAAGCAGACCAAACUCUUUGGUCCUUUAAAAGCCUGCUUUGUAAAAUACUGUGUGCUAUAACUUGGAAAAUAAAUAAAUGUGACUCUGGAUGACAACAUAAUGAUGUUUGUUUCCAACAUUAGGGCUGUUUUCCUAAAGAAGUUAAAUUCAUUUCGUGUUUUGUUUCCUUGCCACGAUACUGACGCGUAUCGCGACAUUGGUAUCAUCCCGGCCCUACUGGAGUGAGUCAUUUCAAGGCCCUGAGCAGAGGGGCAUGUAAAAGUGCUGGAUAGUCUCGUCAGGAAAAGGGCCCGUGCUGCUGGCUCGGCUGGCUGGGGGAAUGGAAUGUGCUCCAGGCUGGCUUCUGGCCCCAUCUAUCCCUUGCUUCUUUUUUCUUUCUGAGACAUCCCAAGAAUCGCAUGGAGAGGAGACAGCCAAAGCGCAGGGCUGGCCGGGGUAGCAUUCCAUCACAUUUAUAAUUCAUGUUGGCUUCCCUGCGCUGUGUCCAAACAGCGCUUUGCCAGUUCUCCUGCCAGAGCCCCAUAAAACACAUCACAUGACACACCCUGUCUUCCCCUGAGUUGGGGAGAAGAACGGAUUGGAGGAGAAGAAGGAGAGGAGGAGGAGGGGGGAUGAGAGGAAAAGGAGGAAGGGGAGGAGGAGGAGGAGGUGAAAAAAAGGGAUACGGUCCACUUAAAACAAAUAAUUCAAGGUAUUUGCGGCAAAGUGAAAAAUAUGACUGGGAAGAAACAUACUGUCAGACUGUAGUCACCUCUAGGGAUGAAUGUGCAGGAAUUAGUCACAGUUACACUGAGAUAUGUCAGUUAAGAAUGAUUCAAAGUUCCUGUGUAUUUUCAAAUAAACAUCACUGCUCUGGCUAUAAAAAAAACAGCCAGUGAUAUGACAAGAAUGUUCAUGUCACUUUUAUAUGAAUUAAUGAAAAACAGAAUGUCGCUGGCUGUUAUGAUUUGGAGGGUGAGGUGAAUCAGCCGUAGCUGAUUGUGUGUGUGCGUGUGAGAGAGAGAGAGAGAGAGCUGGGGUUCAGUGGGUUUACCGUGAAGGCCUGGUUAUGUCUUGUUUGACAGGACCAAUCGUGUGAAACCUUAUUGUCAUGUUGUGUUUGACAGGACUAAUCAGAGGUUCCUGCAGAAGAACUUCAAGCUGAGCCCUGCAGACAUGUACCGCUGGAAACUGUCUUCUCAGGAACCCUGCUCCUCCACCUGCUCUAUAGGUAAACACACACACACACACACACACACACACACACACACACACACACACACACACACAGUAUGUAUGGAUUAGUUAUGAAAUUGUAAGUUAUCAUUUCUGCUGCAGGAGUGUCUAAGUCCUUUGCCAUGUGUGUUCGCUACGACGGCGCUGAGGUGAAUGACAUGCACUGUGACACUAUGACUCGACCUGAGCCUGUUCAUGACUUCUGCAUUGGGAGGGAGUGCCAGCCCAGGUAUGCACCAGAAAACAACACACUUAAAAAGUCCUUAAAGGACUGUUUACCAGUCGGACGAUUCUUGAAGUGCAGCAAAGUUCUUUGAGAACAAUGUUUGCCUCUUUUCCACAUUAAACCAGGAACGGUAAAAUGGUGUUGGCCACUACCAUUCUAUUUAAGAUUCGAUUUAAUUGACUUCAGAAGAUAACUAACUGCACCUGAACUCCACUCUGUGUGCAUCCCCUCACCCUCAGGUGGGAGGCCAGCAGCUGGAGUGAGUGUUCUCGCACCUGUGGCGAGGGCUUCCAGUUCCGUCUGGUGCGCUGCUGGAAGAUGCUGUCCCCCGGACUGGACAGCUCUGUGUACAGUGACCUCUGCACCCUGGCAGAGCUGGAGAGGCCCCUAGAGCGCCGCGCCUGUAAGAGCCCCACCUGCGGCCCCCAAUGGGAGGUGGCCGAGUGGAAUGAGGUGGGUGGAGCUAUACUGUAGGAGUGGAGGUGGGACAGGGGUUGUGUGUGUGUGUGUGUGUGUGUGUGUGUGUGUGUGUGUGUGUGUGUGUUGUAGUUUCCAUGAUAGUUACAAUGGCAGGUUACUGUGUAGGAGCAGCUGUAGGUGAAAUUGAAGGUGUGUGUCCUCUCUCAUCUUUCCUGUACAGUGCCCAGCGAAGUGUGGCCGCAGGGCCCAGGUGACCCGGGAGGUCAGGUGUUCAGAUGAAACCAAGUCAUGUGAUCCCCUGACCCGCCCCCUUAACACCAAGAACUGCACAGGCCCGCCCUGCGAGCGCCAGUGGACUGUGUCAGAGUGGGGGCCGGUGAGUACACUACUUUCACUCACUACUACAUUUCUAUGGUACAUUGAUUACUGAUAUGAAUAGUGAUUGCACUGACUGUCUCUUUGGAUCAGUAAUACUAUGUAUUUUUGCCGUGUCAUCUCCAUUAACCUUUGACCUCUGCAGUGCUCGGGGUCGUGCGGCCAGGGGAAGAUGGUACGCCACGUGUACUGUAAGACACCAGAGGGCCGUGUGGUGCCUGAAUCCCAGUGCUCUCCGGAGAAUAAGCCCCUGGCCAUCCACCCCUGUGGGGAGAAGGACUGUGCCCCACACUGGCUCACUCAGGACUGGGAGAGUGUAAGGCAACUGAGUCAUUUUGUUGAUGUUCUGUUGAUGUUCUAUCUAUGUUUUAUUGAUGUUCUGUUGAUGUUCUCAUGAUGUUCUAUAGAUGGUCUCUUAAUGCUCUGUUUGUGUUCUAUUUUGACAAUGUUUACUUGAUGUUCUCUUGAUGUUCUGUUGGUGUUCUCUUGAUGUUUUGACAAUGUUAUCACAAUGUUCUGUUGAUGUUCUAUAUAUGUUUUGUUGAUGUUCUAAUGAUGUUCUCUUGGUUAGAGAUUCAUUAGCUGAGAGCAGUCUUUUUUUCCUCUCAGUGUAACACGACAUGUGGCCGCGGUGUGAAGUGGAGGAUUGUGCAGUGCGCCGGCAUCACUGCUGGGAAGUUCCAGACCCACGAUGACGAGGCGUGUGGUGCCAGUGAGAGGCCAGAGACCGAGAACACCUGCUUCGAGAGGCCCUGUUUCAAGUGGUACACCACGCCCUGGUCUGAGGUGAGAUACCAUUUCAACCAUGACAUUGUUCACAAAGGCAGUCGGUCACACUCACAAACGCACCUGCUACAAAUAUCAUACCCCCAAUACUUUUGCUCCCCUAAAAUGGGGGGACUAUGUACAGAAAGUGCUGUAAUUUCUAAAUGGUUCACCCGAUAUGAAUGAAAAUAUCCUUACAUUAAAUUAAAAUUAUAGACUGAUCAUUUCUUUGUCAGUGGGCAAACGUACAAAAUCAGCAGGGGAUCAAAUACUUUUUUCCCUCACUGUAUAUGUGUCACUGUACCAAUACUUUUGGAACUCACUGUAGAUGGUGUCCUAUUAAACCACAACAAAAUCAUCAAAUCAAAUUGUAUUUGUCCAAUGUGCUGAAUACAACAGGUGUAGACAUUACCGUGAAAUGCAGAGUUUAAAAAAGUAAGUAAGAAAAAUGUGCUAAAUUAACUAAAUGAAAAAUAGCAACACAAUAAAUUAACAUUAACAAGGCUAUAUACAAGGGGUACCGGUACCGAUCAAUGAGCAGUGCUGCUGUGUUCAUUCCUCAGUGCACUAAGGCAUGUGAUGUGUUCACUCCCUCAUUUUACUAAGAUGUGUGGUGUGUUCACUCCCCAGUGCACUAAGACGUAUGGUGUGUUCACUCCCCAGUUGCACUAAGAUGUCUGGUGUGUUCACUCCCCAGUGCACUAGAGUGUCGGUUGUGUUCACUCCCCAGUGCACUAAGAUGUGUGGUGUGUUCACUCCCCAGUGCACUAAGAGGUCUGGUGUGUUCACUCCCCAGUGCACUAAGACGUGUGGUGUGUUCACUCCCCAGUGCACUAAGAUGUGUGGUGUGUUCACUCCCCAGUGCACUAAGAGGUCUGGUGUGUUCACUCCCCAGUGCACUAAGACGUGUGGUGUGUUCACUCCCAGUGCACUAAGGACGUGUGGUGUGUUCACUCCCCGUGCACUAGAGGUCUGGUGUGUUCACUCCCCAGUGCACUAAGAUGUGUGGUGUGUUCACUCCCCAGUGCACUAAGACAUGUGGUGUGUUCAUUCCUCAGUGUACUAAGAGGUCUGGUGUGUUCACUCCCCAGUGCACUAAGACGUGUGGUGUGUUCACUCCCCAGUGCACUAAGACGUGUGGUGUGUUCACUCCCCAGUGCACUAAGACGUGUGGUGUGUUCCAGUGGUGUGGUGCUAUUUCUUUUUGGUAAGGGAGUGCAAAAAAAUAACAAAAUAAAUGACGUAAUCAUUUGUCAAGUUUGUACCAGCAGAUGUAGCCUAUUGAAUAUCAUUGUAGAAUAGGCCUAUGCAUAAAUGCAUCCUCAAAUUACACUGUGUGGCUAUGCCCACACGUUGUACAUGUUUUAUAACCCAUCACUAAGUUCGCCAGACCUCAUUUCAAAAUAGGCCAUCAUCACUGAAUUACAAUAUUCACGUUUUACUGGUGAAAUGUCCAAACUGCAUGCCAAUCAUUUGAUCUCAUUAUGCCAAUCAUUUGAUCUCAUUCAGUUUCAUGGGAAUAUGCAUUUAGAUCUUCUUGAAUUACUGUUUCGUGAGCGAAUGAAAGCAGAUGGUGUUAACAAACUAUUAGCCUUUCUUGUGGGCCUAUUUUAUUUCAAUCAAAGCAUAUCUCCUGCCUAGUGGCGCGCUGUUAAGUUUUGGCCACGUGAGGAAAACAAUUAGACUAUUAAGCUUCAGAUAAGAAAUGACUGAGGAGGGGUUUUUGGUGUAACAUAUUAUAGGCCUGCUAUGCUACAGUAAAUGUAUGCUAUUAUAUUCGGUUCUAUUAUGUAAAACACUAAUCAUUGUGAUCUUGGGAGACAUUGAUUCAGCUUUGAUCUAACUUUAUUAAACGAGCACCAUUGUGAGAAGUGAUAAUCAAAAAAUGUGUAAUAAUAAUAAUAAUAAGAAGUCAUGAGUAGGACUAUUAGGCGUAGGAAACAGAUCUUGAUGAGGGUUAUUUUAAGCGAUUGCCUUUCUAAUCGUGGUGCUGAAAGGAAAGGACAGCACAGUAACCAAGUGGUCACAUCGUUCUGGGUUCCACUUUAUGAACUUCAAGGCAGACAUGCCGUGAAUUUGGAUCCAAGAUCUCAUUGGUGUGAUGCGGUGGAUCAGUUUGUCUGCAUACACAAUAUAGGUGGUACAUUUCCGUAAGCUAAGCACUCAGACAGUAGGGCGUACAUGAGCCCCAAGUCCAUAACAAACUGUUUUGAGGACAGCUGUUUUAGCAACCCCUGGCAGAGUGUUCUGUCUGUGGCUGUUCUUGUUAUGUCAGAUUUGGCCUGCUCAAAGUGGUCAAGCCUCUGACAAACGGGCCUCUGCACACACGCCUACAGUUAUUCAUCAUUUGCGCCACCGCCAGAGAGAGAAGACAGGGAAGAAACCACCAUUUACCUACCUAUAGGCUGCUAUAGCCUACAUAUUUAUUUAGUUUGUCAUUCUAUAAUUUUGAUGGAAUGUUUGUGGUAAUUAAAUAUAAUGUAUUUAUAAUUUAUCAGAAUGAAUUUUAAUGACCAGCUCUGUGUAUUCUCAAAUUGAAAAAAGUGAGGGAGCGCCGCUCCCCAGCGCUACGGCAGCACUACACCCCUGGUGGGUUCGCUCGUCAGUGCACUAAGACGUGUGGUGUGUUCACUCCCCAGUGCACUAAGACGUGUGGUGUGUUCACUCCCCAGUGCACUAAGAGGUCUGGUGUGUUCACUCUCCAGUGCACUAAGACGUGUGGUGUGUUCACUCCUCAGUGUACUAAGACAUGUGGUGUGUUCACUCCCCAGUGCACUAAGACGUGUGGUGUGUUCACUCCCCAGUGCACUAAGACGUGUGGUGUGUUCACUCCCCAGUGCACUAAGACGUGUGGUGUGUUCACUCCCCAGUGCACUAAGACGUGUGGUGUGUUCACUCCUCAGUGUACUAAGACAUGUGGUGUGUUCACUCCCCAGUGCACUAAGACGUGUGGUGUGUUCACUCCCCAGUGCACUAAGACGUGUGGUGUGUUCACUCCCCAGUGCACUAAGACGUGUGGUGUGUUCACUCCCCAGUGCACUAAGACGUGUGGUGUGUUCACUCCCCAGUGCACUAAGACAUGUGGUGUGGGUGUCCGGAUGAGAGACGUGAAGUGCUACCAGGGCAGGGAGAUCGUGAGAGGGUGUGACCCCCUGACCAAGCCUGUGGCCAAGCAGACCUGCGCCCUGCAACCCUGUCCCACUGAACCCCCAGGUACGUAAGCAAUAGCCUGGUCCCAGAUCUGUUUGUGCUGUCUUGCCAACUCCAAUGACCAUAGGAGUUAGCAAGACGGCACAAACAGAUUUGGGAUCAGGCUGUGUAAGCAGCACCUCACCACAGCCUCAGGCAACUUUAGGAGAGUUACAGUCUAGUCACAGGCAAAAGUCAACCGGGGAACACAGCAUGUUUAAAGCGCUUGUUUUUAAUUGUAUUAUUUAAGUACACCUCUUUCUUUCAUAACAGCCUAAGGUCCUGAGCAUUUAGAUUGUGGAGGUAAAAAGGCAUUGAUUGAUUAAUUAAUUAAUUAAUUCAUUGAUAGAUUUAUCAUUACAGUAUUUUCGGAUCCUGAUGAGGCUACUUUUUCCAUAUCAUUGAACAUAUCAUAUAUGUCUCUCUGCCAAGCAGAUGAGAGCUGUCAGGACCGUCCCACCACCAACUGCUCUCUGGCUCUGAAGGUGAACCUGUGCAGCCACUGGUACUACAGCAAGGCCUGCUGCCACUCCUGCAGGGCCCAGCACACCUCUUAG